CAGAUAUCUUCGGAAAGGAUGGAGACUAUUCUUUGUGAUCAUAAACUCGUUUAUGAUAUUGUUGUCAUGCAAAAAGAACAACAAGUGUGGUGUGGUGUGUUGUUAAAUGAUGAAAACAAAGUUCCAACGACUGAAUCUUUGGAGAAGCUUCUGAAAAAUCUUCUCAGCAUCCCAAAGCGAGAUUUUGGGGAUAAUGAAGAAUCUUCUCCACUGCAUAGCGCUGUUAAGAUGGGGAACACGAUUAUGGCAAAAAAUUUCAUCGACUCCAAAUCGAUAUGGAUUGAUGAGCCAGACCCUAAAGGUCAGACAGCUCUACAUUUGUCUAUAACUUACGGUGAUACUGAAAUGGCUUCAAUGCUUUUGAAAGGUGGGGCAAACGUAGACGCCUUCGAUAACGAUGGUUCAUCCGCCUGUCAUAUUGCUUGCCGCGAUGGGAUGAUUGACCAUUUUAAUUUACUCGUCUACUAUCAUGUGGAUAUUUGCUCGGUGGAUAGAGCAGGCAGAACACCGUUUGAUUUGGCUUGCGAACAUGGCCAAGAAAAAAUGGUCAAACGGCUUUUUAACUGCGGUUUGAAAAAACAAAGCUUCCAAAGUUUGGAUAAUGUUCAUACAGCCUCAGCAUUACAUUUGGCAGCGGAGACUGGGCAGGUUCAGAUCAUUUCACUUUUGCUUUGUAACAAUUGGGAUGUAAAUUUCACUACAAAAUGUGGAUCAGCACUACACAUGGCAGCCGGAGCCGGACAAAUUCAGGUGGUCCGCUUCCUAUUGAGAGUGAGUAUUGAAACCCUAGAUACAUCGAGAAAAAAAGACAAUUAUAGGUUG